CGCAUUUUCUUCCAGAUCCAACGCACCCACCUCCACACACACCGGCCUCCCCUGUCGUGCGCCAUUGCUUCCUCUGCUCCGCAUCCAGUCCCGCAGCCGCCGUGUUCUGAUGUUCGCCUCCUGUAGGACCGAAGCAUCAAGGUUGUUCCAGAGGUGGUGACGGGUGAGAAAGCUUGCUCCUACUCCUACUCAUGGAGGUGGUCACGGGUGCCAUGGGCAGCCUUCUCCCCAAGCUGGGCGAGCUGCUCAUGGAGGAGUACAACCUCCACAAGCGCGUCAAGAAAGACGUCGAGUUCCUCCGGAAGGAGCUUGAGAGCAUGCACGCUGCCCUCAUCAAGGUUGGCGAGGUGCCGCGGGACCAGCUUGACAGGCAAGUCAAGCUCUGGGCUGACGAGGUCAGAGAGCUCUCCUACAACAUGGAGGAUGUCGUUGACAAGUUCCUCGUACGCGUCGAAGGUAUUCAGCAGCCUCACGACGACACCGGCAGAUUCAAGGAGCUCAAGAGCAAGAUGUUAGGCUUGUUCAAGAAAGGCAAGAAUCACCACCGGAUAGCGGACGCCAUCAAGGAAAUCAAGGAGCAGCUCCAGGAGGUGGCAGCUAGGCGUGACAGGAACAAGCUCGAUGGUGUUGUUUCUAAUCCUACGAAAGCAGUUGCAAUUGAUCCUCGUCUCCGUGCUCUGUACGCAGAAGCGACUGAGCUUGUUGGCAUCUACGGAAAGAGGGAUCAGGACCUCAUGAGGCUGCUCUCCUUGGAGUCCGACGACGAUGCCUCUAACAAGAGACUGAAAAAGGUCUCUAUCGUUGGGUUUGGUGGGUUGGGCAAGACCACUCUUGCCAGAGCAGUAUACGACAAGAUUAAAGGUGAUUUUGAUUGUCAUGCAUUUGUCCCCGUCGGUCGGAACCCUGACAUCAAGAAGGUUUUUAGGGAUAUCCUCAUUGAACUCGGCAACUCGCAUUCAGAUCUUGCGAUACUGGAUGCAAAGCAGCUUAUCGACAAGCUUCGUGAGUUCCUCCAGAACAAGAGGUACAUCAUCAUAAUUGAUGAUAUAUGGGAUGAAAGCUUGUGGAAAGACAUCAACGUUGCUUUCUCUAACAGGAACAAUCUAGGCAGUCGGCUAAUCACCACAACCCGCAUUCUCAAUGUCUCUGAGUCAUGUUGCUCGUCAUCCGACGAUUCAAUUUAUCAAAUGGAACCACUUUCUACGGAUGACUCCAAAAGGCUCUUCUACAAAAGAAUAUUUUCAGGAGAGAGUGGAUGCCCAAAUGAAUUUGAACAAGUGUCUAGAGAUAUUCUGAAGAAAUGUGGUGGGGUCCCACUAGCCAUAAUUACUAUAGCUAGUGCUUUGGCUGGUGGCCAGAAGGUGAAACCAAAGAAUGAGUGGUAUAUUCUGUUGCAGUCCCUGGGCUCUGGACUAACAGAAGAUAACAGUUUAGAAGAGAUGCGGAGGAUACUAUCUUUCAGCUAUUAUGAUCUACCUUAUCACCUGAGAACUUGUCUAUUGUAUCUAAGUAUAUACCCUGAAGAUAGAGAGAUUGCUAGAGAUAGACUGAUAUGGAAGUGGGUGGCCGAGGGAUUUGUCCAGCAUGGAAAUCAAGGGACUAGCCUGUUUUUGCUUGGAUUAAACUACUUCAACCAGCUUAUUAACAGAAGUAUGAUCCAGCCAUUGUAUGAUGUUAAGGGACAGGUAUAUGCUUGCCGUGUACAUGAUAUGGUUCUGGACCUUAUCUGCAACUUGUCGCAUGAAGCAAAGUUUGUUAAUGUAUUAGAUGGCACUCGGGAUAACAUGUCUUCACAAAGUAAUGUUCGUCGUUUGUCCCUUCAAAAUAGAAAUGAAGAUCGUCCUGCCAAACCUCUCACAAAUAUCCUGAGUAUGUCGCGAGUGAGGUCAAUUACUAUCUUUCCACCUGCUGUUAGUAUCAUGCCAGCUCUGUCAAUGUUUGAAGUUCUGCGUGUACUUGAUCUAUCGGACUGUAGUCCUGGGAAAAGUAGCAGCCUGCAGCAUAACCUAAAGGGUGUUGGACACUUGAUUCACCUAAGGUACCUUGGUCUUGAACGUACUGGAAUUAGUGAACUCCCGGUUGAGAUAGGAAACCUGAAGUUUCUGGAGGUGUUGGAUCUUGGAUGGAAUGAUAAGCUACAGGCACUGCCGCUGUCUGUUUGUAAGUUGAGAAAAUUAAUCUGCCUAAAUGUUCAUAUGUGUGAGGUGGCUCCGGGCGUGUUGCAGAAUCUUACAUGCAUUGAAGUGCUGAAGACGAUUCAGAUGUCUCUGAACAUUAUUGCACAAGAGCUUGGCAACCUGACAAGGCUGAGGGAGCUUCAGAUUCGCUUCAAGGAUGGUAGUUUCGAUUUGUAUGAAGGUUUCGUGGAGUCUCUGUGCAACCAGCAUCACAUCAAAAGUCUAGUUAUUUACUGCAAUUCCACGGAACAAUCUUUUGAACUGAUGGAUCUCUUGGGAGAACGAUGGGUGCCUCCUGUACAUCUCCACGAAUUUGUGUCAUUGAUGCCCAGCCAAAUCUCUGUACUGCGAGGGUGGAUAAAGAGAGACGCCUCACAUCUCUCGAACCUCUCCCAGUUAAUCCUCUUUAGAGUGAAGGAAAUGCAGCAGGAGGACGUGCAAAUCAUUGGGGGGUUGUUGUCCCUUCGCAUUUUGAAAAUAGUAAGCACCCACCAAACACAACGGCUGCUAGUCAUCCCUGCAGAUGGGUUCUGCUGUAUGGUUGACUUUGUGUUGAAUUGUAGAUCAGCAGCGCAAAUAAUGUUUGAACCAGGAGCUUUGCCUAGGGCGGAAGUAGUUGAGUUCAGUCUUGGCGUGCAGGUGGCGAAAGAGGAUGGUAACCAUGGUUUCGACUUGGGCUUGCAGGGGAACCUACUCUCCCUUUGGCGGCAUGUACAUUUUUAUAUGUAUUGUGGUGGAGUGAGGGUUGGAGAGGCCAAGGAAGCGGAGGCUGCGGUGAGGCAUGUCCUCGAAGCCCAUACCAACCAUCCCAAGAUUUAUAUUCAUAUGAUCCCGGGUAUAGCAGAAGGUGCUCAUGAUGACGAUUUGUGUGAGUACUAGGAGAACUGAUUUCUGACACAGAGGGAUUCACAGUGCAUCAGGUGGGCUCUCGGUAUGUACGUAUUUACAGAUCAUAUUUUCUUUCUCUAUCUCUAGAGUUCAGCUUGCUGUUGUAUUGAGAAACGACGCUUCACCAGUGGCUAUGUAAGUUAAAUAGAUUUGAAGGUAUUUUACAAAUGUUGCUUAGCGUAAGAAUGUGAGAAAAGUGAAGUUGGCAGUGUAGUCUGAAACUUGCUCAAUCUCAUUUUUGGCAUGUGCCGAUGAAAGCUAAUGAUUUUAUGAUUUUUCUGCAAUCUUGUAGAAGGAUAGUUGGUAGUGGGGGACAGAAGUAGUUUUUGGGAAGGUUUGUGGAUCACGGAUGUUGGUUUUAGAUGACAAGUGACAAGUACUCAAUGUUAUACAAUUUAGUUUGAUGUAAGCAUAUCUCUGUAGCUCUCGAGUCCUAGCACUACUUUCACUGCUCUAAAAUUUAGAAGGGGCCUACUGAUUGUGAAGGUUUUAGUCCGAGAAAUAAGCAAGAUUUCUGGAUAGGGGUAUUAUCUGUUCAUUCUAUGCAUAUAGCUCUGGAAGCUCAGAAGUGAAACGACCCUGCAGAAAAUUUUGGUAUGUAAAAGUUAGUUAAUUAAGAUCAAAUUAUUACUGUGGUUAGCAUUCAGAAAUAUUAUCUUAACCGGAUAUAAUCUGAAUCAUAGAGGUAGUGUGCACAGGAAGAUUGUCUUCUUUUACAGUAGAAAGGUGUCAGUGGAUCAUAUAUUUUUGGUGUUCGGUUCCUCGUUAUAUUUGGAAAACCUGUGGUUUUGAUACUGUUCCUGACUUCCGGUUAGCAUGGGUGUUACACUUCAGUAGUACAAAUAGGAACCUGGUUACUGUAGGGGUAGCGGCUGUUAUUUGGUAUAUUUAGAGAACGAGGAACGAUAAUUGGUUGAAAAAUAUUUUUCCUAUGGAUCCCAGCUGAGUAGGUUGCAAAGUUAAAUAUUGGGUGUUUCUAGCUUACAGAGAAAAGAAUUUCAGGAUGUGCAGGUAGCAGGGGCGCGGGGUUACUGCUGGUGGCAUCGGAGAGCUGAAGGAUGACAAAGUUUGGAGCUUCGCUGGAACAUGUGUGAUGAGCUUCUUUUAAAUGGCAGUCAGCUUUCAGAAAGAGAUAUUGCUUGGUUUUGUAACGAAUAAGUAAGGGUGUUGGAGUGACAUGCUGCUAUGCUCUUGUUUUUAUAAACUGAACCGGACAAAUUUGCUGCUCUGUUUUGCAUGUUUGUACAUGGGAGGCUCGCCCAUGACAUGCUGGUGUUUUAUGUUUUUAAGUUGAACCGGACAAACCUGAGGUUGUAUUAUCAGUUUGGUGAUGAAUGAAAUAGGGGGCUCACCUGAG